GAUGCGCAUGCGCAUUCGCGCUUGGGCUGCGCCCGGGCCUCUGGGCCCGCGGCGGCAGCAUCGCAAGUUCUUCUCCUGUUCAGACUGCAGGCUGUGGUUGUGGCGGCGUCAAAGCAGAAAUGCCGCGGCCCCCGCCGCCUGCUUGGCACCUCCUUGGGUUUAGCCUGUUCCUGGCCUCGGUAUGCGUCUCCCUGGAAUCCGCAGCGCAAGGCAACUCUGCCGCAGAUGCUCUGAAUGUCCUCCUAAUCAUCGUGGAUGACCUGCGUCCCUCCCUGGGCUGCUAUGGAGAUAAGCUGGUGAGGUCUCCAAACAUUGACCAGCUGGCAUCCCAUAGCAUACUCUUCCAGAAUGCCUUUGCCCAGCAAGCAGUGUGUGCACCAAGUAGGGUGUCCUUCCUCACUGGGAGGAGGCCUGACACCACCCGCCUGUAUGACUUCAACUCCUACUGGAGGGUGCAUGCAGGGAACUUCUCCACCAUCCCUCAGCACUUCAAGGAGAAUGGCUACAUGACCAUGUCAGUGGGGAAAGUCUUUCACCCUGGUAUAUCUUCCAAUCACAGUGAUGAUUCUCCAUAUAGUUGGUCUUUUGCACCUUAUCAUCCUUCCUCAGAGAAAUAUGAAAACACUAAGACAUGUAGGGGAGAAGACGGAGAACUCCAUGCCAACCUGCUUUGCCCUGUGGAUAUGGCAGAUGUACCCGAGGGCACCCUGCCUGACAAGCAGAGUACCGAGGAAGCCAUACGAUUACUGGAAAAGAUGAAAACAUCAACUAGUCCUUUCUUCCUCGCUGUUGGGUAUCACAAGCCACACAUCCCCUUCAGAUACCCCAAGGAAUUUCAGAAGUUGUAUCCCUUGGAAAACAUUACCCUGGCUCCUGAUCCCCAGGUCCCUGAUGGCCUACCCCGUGUGGCUUACAACCCGUGGAUGGACAUCAGGGAACGGGAAGAUGUCCAAGCUUUAAACAUCAGUGUGCCAUAUGGUCCAAUUCCUGUAGACUUUCAGCGGAAAAUCCGCCAGAGCUACUUUGCCUCCGUGUCCUAUUUGGAUACUCAGGUUGGGCGCCUUUUGAGUGCUUUAGAUGAUCUUCAUCUGGUCAACAACACAAUUAUUGCAUUCACCUCUGAUCACGGGUGGGCUCUAGGUGAACAUGGAGAAUGGGCGAAAUACAGCAAUUUUGACGUCACUACCCGUGUGCCCCUGAUGUUCUACGUUCCUGGAAGGACGGCUUCGCUUCCUGGAGCUGGCGAGAAGCUUUUCCCUUACCGCAGUCCUUUUGAUCCCACCUCAGAGUUGAUGGAUUCAGGCAGGCACACUGAGGACCUUGUGGAACUUGUAUCUCUCUUCCCCACACUUGCUGGACUUGCAGGACUGCAAGUUCCUCCUCGUUGCCCCAUUCCAUCGUUUCAUGUUGAGCUGUGUAGGGAAGGCCAGAAACUUCUGAAGUAUUUUCAACUCCAUGACUCGGAAGAGGAUCCAUACUUCCAUGGUAAUCCCCGGGACUUGAUUGCCUAUAGCCAAUACCCCCGGCCUGCAGAUUCCCCUCAGUGGAAUUCUGACAAGCCAAACUUAAAAGAUAUAAAGAUCAUGGGUUACUCUAUACGCACCAUAGACUAUAGGUAUACUGUAUGGGUUGGCUUCAAUCCUGGUGAGUUUCUGGCUAACUUUUCUGAUAUCCAUGCAGGGGAACUGUAUUUUGUGGAUUCUGACCCAUUGCAGGAUCACAAUGUAUAUAAUGAUUCCCAGCAUGGAGAACUUCCCCAGUCAUUGAAGCCUUGAGUUUUACCAGCCAUAAAGGGCACAUGUAUCCCCUUUCCCCUUCUCAUUUGUGAAAGGGCACAUUAGAAAUGGUUUUCAUUUCCCAUAGUAUUGGACCCAACCUCAGUGGAAAAUAAGAAAAAUGCAUACAUCAGAAAUUUGACCUAAGACUACGUGACAAACCUUUUAAUGCAGUCCUUACCAAUUUAUGGUUGAAAACUGAAUUUAGACUUGGCUAAACUCUUUCAUUUUUUAGUGAUUAAAUGAGUACAAAUUGAACUAAGCAAAGUAACAUCAUAUCUUUGUAUAUAAAAACCAUGAUAACAAAACAUAAUACUAUAUUGUAGAAAUACUUGUAGAAUUUAGUGCAUUUCAAAAGUAUACAUAUGUUGAAUUAAGUUUGAGCCUAAGGUCCUGGAUAUUUUGUUUGUUAUAUAUAUGUAGGUCAGUGUAGUGAAAAUGUAUCAGUGUGUCAACAUGAGAUUCAUUUCUUUCUCAAAUGUGAAAUGAAUAAUUCUAGAACCAACUACUUAAAGUCUAUCUUCAACUUUUGUUUCUAAGACUACAGAUUUCAAAAUCCAAAAGUGAAAUAGACAUGAAAUGAUUGAUAUGUUGUUUCAUCGUUAAAUAAUAAAUAACGCUUACUAAAGUAGAGGCAGAUGGGUAAGAAAUUCAGUUAAAAUAUUUCAGUACCCUCUGGACCAGAUAAUAAUUUGCCACUAGAUAAUAUAACUCUUGAUUUCAAUGACUGUUAAAAAGUUGUUAGUCACAACAAAAAACAUUUAAAAAUGUAACUGCAUUCAUGAUUUCAGUCCUCAAAGUCGUAUUAGUAUUCUUAGUUAAAGAAUUUCAGAUAUCCAUUUAUCCUGGGGGCAAGAAAUAUUCCACUUUUACUGGUUAUUAAAGGAAAUAUGGGAUUAAUGAAGUUUAAAGUAUUUUGAGAAUUUUGAGUUCUGAAGUCCUGAAAUACGAAAGCAACCAGAGAAAGGCAGGUGGUAGGAAUAAGCGGAGUUUACCGCUUCUUCAAAGAAACAGAAUAUUUACAAGUUGUGUGCAUAACGUGAAGCUGAUCAACCAUCAGUAGUCGACAGCUUUCUAAAUAUGCCCUAUAGUUAGUCCUGCAUCAAAAUGAAUGAUUUUAGUAAUUUUCCCUUCAUAAAUGUGUCGGUGUUUCAAGGUGAAUGUCUAUGCAUCAAAAUAUAGCAAAUAGCUAAUUAGAUUAAAUUAUUGCAUGCAUUAAAUUGUAAACAGAAAGACAAGGUAUUACUUUUAAGACAGAUUGUUUUUACUAAUUGGCCUUUAGAAGAGGUGUAGAUGAUAACACAAUGGUUUCCUGAGUGACUGUGUUAGCAGAAGUGAUUUGUGUUUCAGGAUUGGUGGCCCAUUCAUCUGCAUGAUUCCAAAAUUUGUCUGCUCUGGAAACUUUGACUUUUGUAGAUCAUUUCCUUUGGCUUUUCCUUGUUCUUUAUCUUCUCUAUUGCUCUUGUUCCAUUCACUGUAGUUUUCACAAUCUAGCUUAGGAGUUCUUCAUACAUAUUUUCAUUUUCUUUAGCUUUAUCUCCUAGUUCACACGUACAGGGACAAAUUUUGAUAUAGGUUUUUAUUUUACAAACAUUUGUUGCUCCUGAUUGAUUACAGCAUAUACACUUCAUUUUUUUCUCAUUUUAUUUCCAGAAGUGCAGUUUAGUGUCAAACACUUCCACAUUCUGCACCUGAUGAACUUGUAGGCCUGAUGCUGCUGUCUGCUUGAUAGCCACUGGGGCUAUGUGGCUAUUUAAAUUUCAGUUCAUUGAAAUGAAAUGAAGUUUUCGAAGAUUUCUCAUCCUGUUAUAAUUCAAGUACUCAGUAGCCAAACAUAACUUUUGUGUCAUAAUAGAAAAGUUCUGUUGGACAGAGCUUCCUUAGAUUAUGUCUGGAUUGGAGUUGGGUCUGCUGACUCAGACUGGCAAGGUCCCACUGCGACCUAUGCCCUGCAUUUGCCCAUAGAAUGUGUGUUGAGGUGUGCAAGCUCUGUUUGGCUUAGACACAGAGUAGGGAGUUUGCUGUGGCCCUUGGCCUCUUCCUCUCCACUCUCAUUGCCAUCGCCUCUCUCCUUUUCCUCUCAUUCCUAAGUAGUUUUCCUCCCUUCCUUUUUCCUCCCCUGUUCCUAAAGGAAUCCAUGUGUCUUCCUAAAAUCCCUCUUGACCCUGCCCUUUGAGAACACCGUCAGUGCCUACUAUGGGUCUAGAAAGACCUCCGCUGAGCAGUCAGAGUCUUCCCUGGCUCCACAAUGCCCCUUCCCUUGGCUGACUCUCCCUCGCCAAUCCCUGCCUCCCUGGCCCUCCUAGGUUGUGCCCUCUCUUCUUGGCCCCAGUUCCUUCAUGGCCAUUCUUCACAGCCUGGCGCCCCCACCCCCACUGCCAAGAGGCUGAGGCCUUUGGGACUCUAGACUGUAUUGUCAGGCGAAAUGAACACUUCUAAAGAAUCUGGUAUUUACUUUACUUUUUAAAUGGUAUUUUUUCUGUUUAUAAAAUUCACGUGCUAAUUACAGAAAAAUUAGAAAACAUGCAGUAAAAGGCGAGAAAAUGUGUGAAUGUGUUAUUCUGAGAUCAUCAAUUAAUAUCUUGUCUUUUUGGGGAAUAUGAAUUUUUGACAUUUCUAUGAUCCUAUGUUCUUUAUAAUACAAUUUCUGUUCUUAUUUCCUCUGGUAAGUAUUAUGUGUGGUUAUUAUGGAUUUCUGCAAAGAUACUUUAUAUUGCUGGUAAUAUAUUUUAUUGUGUAGAGUUAUUGUAAUUUACUGAACAUUCUUUCAAUUGUUGGAAAUUUAGGUUAUUUCCACAUUUUCAGUAUUACACAUAGUGCUGUGAUCAACAUUGUGAGUAAAAUGCUUUAUGUAUUUCAAAUUAUUCCCUUCAGAUAGUCUGUCAGUGCCAAGUUAUCAACACUGUCUCCAUUGGCUCCUCAUCCUUUUGCUGCUGUAGGGUACUAAAUUUAUAAAAUAAAAUAAAGCCAGUAAACAAAUAAAAACCACAACACCAAGAAAAACAAAACAAAACACUGCACUCCUACAAUAGGUGAAAAUGGCAUCCUGUUUUAACUUGUGGCUCUUUGCUUAUUUAGGACCUUAGCCCACAUUCUCUCUGUGUGAUUUGGGCAUGUACAUUUCUAGCUAUAUGAAUUUGUGUGGUUAUGGCUCUCAGUUUUUAAUGUAAUCAAACAAAUUGUUUCUGGUGUGAUUCCCCCGCCGUGUGUUUUCCUAUUAAACAUAAAGAAACCUCACAUGGAAACUGAAUAAACACUUGUUUUCCUCUGAA